UCUUAAAAUUAAUCGAAAAGAAAAAAAAAAUUGUGGCAGGCAAGUUCCCCGAUCUACUUGCAGAGCGAAAUCAGAAUCAGAAACGAGGCAAAACAGUGGGAGGAAUUUCGAAGACGAUUGCAACAAUCAUCCAUCCUCGCUGCUCCCGUCGCCUCCGUAGAUAUGCUCUCUAUCUUAUUGCCGCUUCCGCCCGUCUCUGUAUAUCGAUGCAUUUGAUUAGGGUUUGGUUUGUCUUUGAUACGGAAGAGGGGUGGAAGGGGGAGAUAUUAGGAUUCGAGGGUUUGUGAGGUGUGGAUGGAUCCGGAGCAAACCUUCCUGCGCGUCCACGCGCGGCUUUCAGGGAUGUUGUCUCAGCUCCUGACGCCGAGGAUUCGAAUGGUGUUGGAGUAUGUCUACCUCGCCGUCGCCGUUGCGCUCUUUUGCUUGCUUGUGGUCAUGCACAUCAACUUCCUUCAGCAGCCCGGUUGCUCAGCUGAACUGACAGGAAUUAAAUUUACUGAAGCACAGUUAGUUCAAAUUAAGAUCAUUAGUGCGGGAUUAUGGAUUCAGAACACAGAUUACCAGAAUUUAGUUGAUUUUCAGGAGGGAAGUUUAACCGAGGGUUCUAAGAUUCCUGAUGUCUCGGGUGAUGAAUUCACAGUUUUAUCUGCAAAGUUUUGGUCAAACUGGAUAGGUUCGAGUGCUCGGCGGAGUAAAUUGAUUUUCAAAUCCUGGAAGACUGACAAGGAAUCGAUUGAGACUCAGAUAGAUAAUGCGUUAUCUUCAAGUAGAAAUGUUUUAGAUGAGAAGGAUGACAAAUCUGUGAUACAAGAGCAACAUUCUUUUCCUCCUGUAUCUGCGAGAGAGUCUCUAAAUGCAGCAUUGUUUCAUUUCUGCAACAGAUGGAGGAUGCAUCUUUUUUCUUUCUGGAAGUUUACGAAGCAGGUCUUUGAAAAUGCUAAUUAUCUGUGGAAUACUGCAGGCUGGAAAACAUUCCUUGAUCUAUCAGAAAGCUUAAAGAUGGUUAGUGCUGAACAUUUCAAGUCUCUUGCAGUGCAGUGGCUUGAGAGGAGAAGCAAGUCAUUUGAGCCGACAUAUCUGUACACUGUUGAGAAGGGUUAUUUUCUGCUUCCUGAAGGAGCAAAAUCUCAGCACAACAUACGGACGGUUAAUGUCACACUAUCUGCUCAGAAUCCAUGCUUUGGAAACCGGUGGAAGCAGCUUCUUAUUAACAGUUUUGUUGGAUAUGAUACGAUACUUAUGAACAGUUUGUUAAACUCUCCUGGCCAUGGAUAUCUUUACAAUUUUCAGUCUAGGGAAUUUUUCGAUCUUAGUCAUGGACAUGAGCCAUCCGAAGGUUCUGCAAGAUUCGGAGAUUAUUUUGUGACCAAAUGCGGUGUUUUAAUCAUGUCAUUGUUUGUUUUCUUCACUACUACUAUGUCCGUUUCUUUCACACUCAGAGAAACUCAAUCUCGCAUGCUCAAGUUCACAGUGCAGCUUCAACACCAUGCUCGCCAUCAGCUUCCAACGUUCCAGUUAAUCUUUGUGCAUGUUAUUGAAUCGCUGGUUUUUGUGCCGAUUAUGAUUGGGAUUCUCUUUUUCUUAUUUGAAUUUUAUGAUGAUCAACUACUUGCAUUCCUGGUACUAACUCUUGUGUGGUUGUGCGAAUUAUUUACAAUGAUCAGUGUUCGGACAUCAAUCUCGAUGCAGUUUUUUCCUCGCUUCUUUUUGCUCUACUUUCUGGUUUUCCAUAUCUACUUCUUUUCAUAUGCUUAUGGUUUUUCAUAUCUGGCCUUUUCUGCCACUGCUGCAUUCAUGCAACACUUGAUUCUUUAUUUCUGGAAUAGGUUUGAGGUUCCAGCUCUGCAAAGAUUCAUGAGAGCCCGCGGCCAGCUGCAGCACCAAGCCGGCGUCCAAAUCACCUCUUCCACCAUCUACACCUCAACGUUACACAUCGCUAGGGUCAAUGUCAGGAAUGCGAGCAUCGGAACCAUCAAUGGGAUCCAAAAUCCCGUACCUGUCACCGCCGUUCCGCUCCUGCCGCAACCUCAAAACACUACCGGAUCUCCUGAUCAACCUGCCGCCGGCAAUGUUCCUGAUUCGAUGACAAACCAUCUCCGAUUCCCCGGCUUGAAUCCGCAGCAAGCCGGAACAGCGCCCGUUUCCGGCUUCCUCAACCCCUUCGGGUCCUUCUUGCUCUGGAUAUUGGGCGGCGGAGCUUCCGACGGCAUCAUAUCCUUCUUCUCCAUGUUCAGAGAUGUGCGAGACGCCGAUCACGGCCAGGAUUUCGCCCCGCCGGAUAAUGAGCCGGCAAGGCCGGAUCAGCACAACUGACUGGACCUGGUAAGUCCCGUUAUGCACUUUUGGCUCUGAAAUGCAAAGACUGCUUCAUUUGAUGUUUAUAUAUAGUUGUGAUCCACGAUGUUUGAAAUAUUUUGUAGAAAAUUUAGGGUACUACACAAUGAUAUAUGUAUACUUGAAAUGUUUGUGUUUGAUGAAUAGCCUUUCUUUUCAUU